UCUGCAGCGGAACCCUUCUGCGGAGACACUGAUGCCGUGACGGACAGUUUUACCUGAUGGACCCUCAAAUAUGUUUACACGUGAGGUAUAUGCAGGGCUGAAUUAUUAAGCGUGAGGUGUUUAGAUCUCCAAUUCUGUUGUUUAGCUUGUUGAAAUAAAAGACUUCCAUUUAAAAAUGGGAAAGCUAAGGAAGAAACACAACUGGAAGGGGAGACAGCAAUCAGCUGUCCCUGAGCAACCAGCAGAUGGAGAGAAGACAAAUAUUGUGGUGGAACUGCAAGAUGGGGGCAAGCUAAAAGGUGUAGACGAGAGCAAUGCUUUGGUCCUCCCAGCCAGCAAAGCAAAGAAGAAGAAAGCCUCAGUGACAAAUGUGUCCACCAAAAAGCCCCUCACCAAGAAGCAGAGGAAAGAGCUGCAGAAGGUCCUGGAGCGCAAGGAAAAGAAAGCUCAGAGAGCAGAAAUCCUGACCAAACUCUCUGAGGUGCAGCUUCCAGAGUCUGAACUGAAGCUGCUGUACACUACAUCCAAACUGGGAACAGGAGACAAACUUUACCAGACUAAACAGUUAUUAGAUGAAAUAAAAGAUGGAGACUCGGUGCCUAAGAUCAGCAGUGUCAGUGGAGCAAACAGAAAAAGAAAAUGGAUAGAGGAAGAGGGGGAAGAAGAGGAGAAAAAGGCAGAAGAAAGCAGUGAUGUGGACACCUCUUCUGAUGAGGAGGAGGAUGAGAAUAAAGAAGUUAAUGAGACCACAGAGAUGAGUGAAUCUAAGGAAACCACCUCUCCAUGUCAGGAGGACAAAGAGGAAGUGAAGGAAGAACAACACAAAACAGAACAAGAUGAGCAGAAUAAGAAGAAGACUUCAGAUCAGGAGAAAGUCCAAAACAAGAAGCCGUCGGAGCCGGCUGUUUUUGUUCCUGUUGACAGAUUGCCAGAAAUACAGGAGGCUCGUUUGAAGCUGCCUGUGCUGGCGGAGGAGCAGAUCAUCAUGGAGGCAGUGAGAGAAAAUCCCUUUGUCAUCAUCUGUGGAGAGACAGGAAGUGGAAAGACCACUCAAGUGCCUCAGUUUCUGUAUGAAGCCGGCUAUGCCAGUGGCAGUGGAGUAAUAGGAAUCACAGAGCCAAGAAGAGUAGCAGCUGUGAGCAUGUCCCACAGAGUGGCCAAAGAGAUGAACCUGUCCACACGGGUGGUGUCAUACCAGAUUCGAUAUGAAGGUAACGUGACCAACGAUACAAAGAUCAAGUUCAUGACAGACGGUGUUCUGCUGAAGGAGAUUCAGAAGGAUUUCCUGCUCCAGAGGUACACUGUGAUAAUCAUAGAUGAAGCUCAUGAAAGGAGCGUGUACACAGACAUCCUCAUCGGACUGUUGUCUCGCAUCGUCCCCCUCAGAAACAAGAAGGGUAUGCCCCUGAAGCUGCUGAUCAUGUCAGCUACUUUGCGAGUGGAGGACUUCACCGACAACACGAAACUGUUUCGUACGCCUCCGCCUGUCAUCAAAGUGGACGCUCGCCAGUUUCCAGUCACUAUACAUUUCAACAAGCGCACCCCUCUGGACGAUUACACUGGAGAAAUUUUCCACAAAACCUGCAAGAUCCACCGCAUGCUGCCUCCAGGUGGCAUCCUGGUGUUUCUGACUGGUCAGGCGGAGGUUCACAGUCUGUGCAGAAGACUGAGAAAAGCUUUCCCCUUCAGAAAGGGUGAAGACGAGGAAGCAGACACCUCAGAGGCGAUGAGGAAGUUUAAGAAGGCCAGACAGAAGAAGCCUGUCUCUCUUCCUCGUAUCGACCUGGAUAACUAUUCUGCUCUACCUGUGGAUGAAGGCGACGAGGACAGAGAAGCCGGGAUCAGAGAUGAGGAGGAUGAAGACUCUGACCUGGAAAUUGGAGACGACCCCACUGAUGCAGAAGAGAAGGCUGACCCCUCUAUUCCUCUCUAUGUUCUCCCUCUGUACUCUCUGUUGGCUCCGGAGCAGCAGGCUAAGGUGUUCAGGCCUCCUCCACCCGGUACCCGUCUGUGUGUGGUAGCCACCAACGUGGCUGAGACAUCUCUGACCAUCCCUGGCAUCAAGUACGUGGUUGACUGUGGUCGAGUUAAGAAACGUUUCUACGACAGAGUGACCGGAGUUUCGUCCUUCAAGGUCACUUGGACUUCACAGGCCUCAGCCAAUCAGAGGGCAGGUAGAGCAGGACGAACGGAGCCGGGACAUUGCUACAGGUUGUACUCGUCUGCAGUAUUUGGAGACCUCAGUUUGUUCUCAGAGGCAGAGAUCACUCGCAGGCCUGUGGAAGACCUAGUUUUACAAAUGAAGGACAUCAACAUAGAUAAGGUGGUCAAUUUUCCCUUUCCCACAUCUCCCUCCAAUGAGGCUCUUGUUGCAGCAGAGCAGUUAUUAGUCUCGUUGGGAGCUCUGAAAGAACCGCCUCGAACUGGAAGGGUGAAAGAGAUGGAACAAGCGAGGCUGAGCUGCCCCAUCACCCCCCUGGGCAGAGCCAUGGCAUCAUUCCCUGUGGCACCACGUUACGCUAAAAUGUUAGCUCUUGGUAAGCAGCAGGAUUGUCUCCCCUACGUCAUUGCUGUGGUAGCAGCCAUGACAGUCCGGGAGAUCUUCGAAGACCUUGACAGACCUGCUGGAAGUGAAAAUGAGAGCGCCAAGCUCACCCAGCGUCGAGCUCGGCUGACCCAAAUGAGGAGGUUAUGGGCUGGGCAAGGAGCAUCACUGCUGCUGGGGGACCUCAUGGUCAUGCUGGGUGCUGUGGGUGCUUGUGAAUUUGCUGGUUGCACUCCUAAGUUCUGUGAGGAGAACGGCCUGAGGUAUAAAGCUAUGGUGGAGAUCAGGAGGCUCAGAGGACAACUUACCAAUGCAGUGAACGCAGUGUGUCCAGAGGUGGAAGCAUUUGUGAAUCCCAAGAUGACUCCCCCAACAGAGCACCAGGUGGUUUGCUUGCGGCAGAUUGUUCUGGCUGGACUGGGAGACCAUCUUGCAAGGCGUGUACAGGCAGAAGAUCUACUGGACCCAAAGUGGAAGAAUGGAUACAAGACGCCUCUUAUGGACGAGCCCGUGUUCAUUCAUCCCACUUCCGCGCUGUUCAAAACGCUACCAGAGUUUGUCGUCUACCAGGAGAUCAUGGAGACCACCAAGAUGUACAUGAAAGGUGUGUCAGCAGUAGAAGCUGAGUGGGUCCCCAAGCUUCUGCCUCAGUAUUGUCAUUUUGAUUCCCCUCUGGAGUCACCGCUACCAUGGUUCUCUUUGUCCACUGGCACCGUCAGAUGUCACCGUUCAAGCACCUUCUUCCGUGUGGGCUGGCAGCUGCCAGCAGUGGAGAUGGAAUAUCCAGAUGGCCUGGAGCGUUACAAGCUGUUUUCCAGGUUUCUGCUAGAGGGGCAGGUUUGUUCUAAACUAAAGAAACACGCUGGCCACCUUCUCUCAAACCCCUCCAUCAUGCUGAAAACAUGGGCAAAGCUGCAGCCGAGGACAGAGGCUUUGCUGGGAGCAAUGAUAUCAAAGAAAGUUGACUGCAGAGAUGCCCUCCUCUCUGUCUGGAAAACUGACGAUAAAUUUUUGUUGUCUGCAUACUGCCAGUGGUUACCUGAAGCCAUGCAUCAAGAAGUAGCCAAAAGUUGGCCUCCAGUAUGAAUAAUAUUGCACAUUUGACAUGAGACCUAUGGUGAUCUGUAGAUCCAUAGUACUCCCUUCUACACCAUCAGAAAGCUUCUUCAGACCUGCUGCAGUUCUCUCAAAGUGCAUCUACAGUACCAACACUGCCAACCAACUUUUCUCUGUUUUGUAUUUUAUAUAUGCUGUAUCUAUGACUUGUACAGUUUUUUGCAGCCAGGAAAAAUUUCAUCUGGGGCUGUAUAAUGACUUUUAACCUGUUAACAAUGUGUAGCUGUCAGUUAUGUAUGUCUGAUUUGGUCUUCAUAAGACUCAAUUAAAUUGUGCGGCUCUCAAGAAA